CUACUUUUUUUUUUUUUCUUCAACCACUCUGACUGUGAUGUACAUCUGAUAGGGAAUGAAGGCGGCUGGCUUUCUGUAUUAAAUGUUGGACAUGGUAAAAACUGUACUUUUCCUUUUAAUAGCCUGGGGAAAUGAAAUGUAUGUUAACAGUGAGAGUGUGGGGGCUCCAGUGUUUAUGUCAGUAGAACAGAUAAACACCACAAGUCUUACAAUCAACUGGAGUACAACUAGCAGCUCUGUAACAGAAUGUGCUCUCUUUGUGUUUGCAAAGGGUGAACAACAAGGUGAAAUCCUUUUAUUACCCAGUGCUGGGUCCAUACCGAUGAGAAAUCUGACAGAAGACACUGUGUACAUGUUCAGCUGUACAUGCUUUGAUCAGGAUGUAAUCCUCAAGUCUGCAACUAUCAGCGUGGAUACAGGGUUACCACUGUCUGUAAGUUCUACAACUGCAACCUAUACUCAGAGCCUCAACACUGCAGGUGAUAGCCUUCCAGCAAGCAACAUAAGCUCGGAUGUGCUUACUGGAGCUGUGUUUGGCUGCCUUGGGGUUUUGGUCCUCAUCUUCCUCUGCUAUAUAUUCUAUAACAAGUGGAGGAGGGAUGAAAGACUCAGGGCAUUUCUAAGGCUCCCUCGUAAUAAUGGAGUGGCUCCCUACAUGAUCUUUGGUAAUAAUGGCGCCAACCCAUCCUAAGCAGCAAGGAUGUCAUACACUUUUUGUGCAAUUUUCUAUUCGUAUAGGUGUUUUUGAACUGUUCUGAUUUUAUUAAAGUGUCCAUAACAA